ACAGUUUUUGUCCUCGAGCCUGGUAUGUGUCGUGCUGUGUCAUCUCCCUCCUUCUACCCUAAAUAAACCCUGCGCCCACUUUCUAUUCUCUUUCUUCUCUUUCUCUCUAUUUCUCCUUCUCAAUCUUGCGGUUGCUUUCAACCUUCUUAAACUAGGAUCUUCAGGCAUUGUUUUUAUCUAACUAAGCUUAAGCUGCCUUCAACGUUGCCCUUUUCGUCUCUACAUUACUUGACUGUGAAAGAUGCCUCGGACAACCACUCUGGAGUGUUCCGGUUGCCCUCCUCUACGCGCUUUGACAUUUGACUCAAUUGGUCUCAUCAAAGUUUUGGAGGUCCCUGAUAAGCAACGGGGAGUUCCCCAGGUGGUAGAGAGAUGGGGCGACCCUGAAUCAUCCAAAUGUGUGAUGGCUGUUUCAAUGAUUGAUCGCAACUCUCAACCUUUGUUAGCUGUAGCAAGGAAAAACAAUGAGAUUGAAGUUUUGAGCCCUGUGAAUGGAGACAUUCAGACCACAAUUUCGGAUGCGAGUGGUCUAGAUGUUAACUCCGAAGAGAAUAACAUUGUUGGUUUGCAUUUAUUUGAAAAACAAAACACAGAAUUAGAUUCCAGGUAUUGUACUCUACUUACAUGCACAACCAAAGGAAAUGCUAGCAUAAGGUCCAUUGAACUUGCUGAUUCUUCUACAGAAUCUUCCUGUACUGACUCUCCAAAAACAUGGAAUGUAUGCUCUGGUGGUAACAUCUUGUGUUGCAAGGUGGACAGACACGAGAACUUUGCUUUAUUUGGAGGGAAAGGUGUCGAACUUAACAUUUGGGAUAUUAACAACCUCACUAAGAUCUGGAACUCCAAACCUCCACCUAAGGAUAACCUUGGUAUAUUUACACCUACUUGGUUCACAUCUGCCGCAUUUCUUAUGAAAGAUGACCAUCGAAAAUUUGUUGCUGGCACCAACAGCCAUCAGGUCCGCCUUUAUGACAUAUCUGCUCAGAGGAGGCCUGUUCUCUCUUUUGAUUUUCGUGAGACACCAAUCAAAGCAUUGGCCGAGGAUAUAGAUGGCCAUUCAGUCUAUGUAGGGAAUGGAUCUGGUGAUAUGGCUUCUUUUGACAUACGCACAGGAAAAAUGCUGGGAGGUUUUUCUGGAAAAUGCUCUGGAAGCAUCAAAUCCAUAGUCAGACACCCUGAGCUACCUAUUAUAGCUUCAUGUGGACUGGACUGCUAUUUACGCCUUUGGGAUACAAAGACAAGACAGCUUCUUUCUGCUGUUUUCCUGAAGCAACAUGUUAUGCACGUUCUUUUUGACUCCAAAUUUGAUAUUAAAGAUACAUCCUCAGGAGUGGAUUCUUCGCUUCCUAGCAAGGGAAUAACUCAGACAGAGAUACUUAGUGAGGAAGUUGAGGAGUUGCCUUUGAAAAGAAAAAAAUCUUCCAGAAACAAAGAGCACACUGAAGAUGGUAGUGAAAGAAAGAAAAAAUCUAAACAUAGUAAAGAGCGCAAGAAAUCCGAAGGAAGGGAUGGAGGUGAGAAGAUUGGGUCAAGAGAUGAGCGAAGGAAGUCAAAAUUGAAGAAAAAAGAUAGUCGCUCAAUUCCGGAGUUGUGAUUUGGAUGGACUAAGUUUAAUGUUAUACAAAGGUUUCAGUAUUCUUUUCUUUUGUUUGAGCUUUUUGUUACUUGUUCCAUGUAGUUUAUUCUUUAAUCCUGUCAAAAUUUUGUAUUUAAAAGUUUCUGCUCAAUGAAUACAAGUCUUGCCUACAAAUUGAUGCUUCAAGUGUAUCAGUAUCUCCAUUUCAAGACUCUGAUCAGGUUUUCAAAUAUAUUUUACCUUGGCAUGGACCAUGAAAUUGGUGUUUA